CAUCAUUUAUCUCUACACUGAGCAGAUGAGCCGAGAGCAGCAGCCCCUGAUCAUGUGACUCCUCCUCCUCCAUGUGACUGAUCACCUGACUGUGACAUCAUUGCAGGUCCUGUUAGUACACUUCCUGUAUUGAUCUUCAGGCAAAGGGUGAAGAUAUGAACAGUAUUAAUGCUCUAGAGACAGAUAUGAGUGGUGAUAAGCAGUAUAAGGAGGACAUUCCUACAGGGAAAGAUCUGAUGUAUAUUAAUGCUACAGACAUAAAGGAAAAAGAAGAGACAGAUGUGAGCAGUGAUGAGCAGUAUAAGGAGGACAUUCCUACAGGGAACGAUCUGAUCUAUAUUAAUUCUACAGACAUAAAGGAAGAAGAAGAAGAGACAGAUUUGAGCGGUGAUGAGCAGUAUAUGGAAGACAUUUCUACAGGAAAAGAUCUAAACUAUGCUAAUGCUACAGACAUAAAAGAAGAAGAAGAGACAGAUGUGAGCGGUGAUGAUCAGUAUAAGGAGGAUAUUCCUACAGGGAAAGAUCUGAACUAUGUUAAUACUACAGACAUAAAGGAAGAAGAAGAAGAGACAGAUUUGAGCGGUGAUGAGCAGUAUAUGGAGGACAUUUCUACAGGAAAAGAUCUGAACUAUGUUAAUACUACAGACAUAAAGGAGGAAGAAGAAGAAGAGACAGAUGUAAGCUGUGAUGAGCAGUAUAAGGAGGAAAUUCCUAUAGCUUACCACCCAGAUGACUGUACCAGGAGAUCAGAGGAGAAUCUUAUAUCUUCAGAUUAUAAAGCAGAUGAUGGUAUCACACAAGAUACAUAUGAAGAACAUUCCAUUAUCCCAGAUACACCCUCAGCCCUUCACAGCCAAGAUCUCUCAUCUCAUCCUGUUAUACAAGUCCAACCUAAAGAUUCCUCUCAGUCUGUUAAGCAAAAUAUGGAAAAGCGAUUUUCAUGUCCAGAAUGUGGGAAAUGUUUUACCAAGAAAUCAUCUCUUGCUGAUCAUCAAAGAAUUCACACAGGAGAGAAGCCAUUUUCAUGUGCAGAAUGUGAGAGAUGUUUUAUUCACAAAUCACAUCUUGUUAAACAUCAAAGAAUUCACAGAGGAGAGAAGCCAUUUUCAUGUUCAGAAUGUGGAAAAUGUUUUACAGAGAAAUCAACUCUCGUGAAACAUCAACGAAUUCACACAGGUGAGAAGCCAUUUUCAUGUGCAGAAUGUGGGAAAUGUUUUGGUCACAAAUCACAUCUAGUUAAUCAUCAAAGAAUUCACACAGGAGAGAAGCCAUUUUUAUGUCCAGAAUGUGGAAAACGUUUUACCGAGAAAUCAUCUCUUGUGAAUCAUCAACGAAUUCACACAGGAGAGAAGCCAUUUUCAUGUGCAGAAUGUGGGAGAUGUUUUAUUUACAAAUCACAUAUUGUUAAACAUCAAAGAAUUCACAGAGGAGAGAAGCCAUUUUCAUGUUCAGAAUGUGGAAAAUGUUUUACCGAGAAAUCAACUCUUGUGAAACAUCAACGAAUUCACACAGGAGAGAAGCCAUUUUCAUGUGCAGAAUGUAGGAGAUGUUUUAGUCACAAAUCAUAUCUAGUUAAUCAUCAAAGAUAUCACACAGGAGAGAAGCCAUUUUUAUGUCCAGAAUGUGGAAAACGUUUUACCGAGAAAUCAUCUCUUGUGAAUCAUCAACGAAUUCACACAGGAGAGAAGCCAUUUUCAUGUGCAGAAUGUGGGAGAUGUUUUAUUCACAAAUCACAUCUUGUUAAACAUCAAAGAAUUCACAGAGGAGAGAAGCCAUUUUCAUGUUCAGAAUGUGGAAAAUGUUUUACCGAGAAAUCAACUCUUGUUAGUCAUCAACGAAUUCACACAGGAGAGAAGCCAUAUUUCUGUUUAGAAUGUGGGAAAUAUUUCACUCACAAAUCAAUACUUAACACACAUCUAAGAACUCACACAGGAGAAAAGCCAUUUUUAUGUCCAGAAUGUGGAAAAUGUUAUAACAAUAAAUCACAGCUUUUUAAACAUCAAAAAAGUCACACAGGUGAAAAAUGUGGAAAAUGUUUUACUCUGAAUUCAAUUCUUGUUGAACAUCAAAAAGCUUACGCAGGAGAGAAGCCAUUUUCAUGUACAGAAUGUUGUAAAUAUUUUACAAAGAAAUCAAUACUUGUAAGACAUCUAAGAAUUCACACAGUAGAGAAGCCGAUUUAUUGUUCAGAAUGUGGAAAACAAUUUACUCUGAAAUCUCUUCUUGUCAAGCAUCAAAAAAUGCACACAGAGAAGCCAUUUUUAUGUUCAAAAUGUGGGAAAUGUUUUACUGACAAAUCAAAUCUUGGUCAACAUCAAAAAAUUCAUACAGGAGAGAAGCCAUUUUCAUGUUCACAAUGUGAAAAAGGUUUUAAUCAGAAAUCAGAUCUUGUUAGACAUCAAAGAACUCACACAGGCGAGAAACCAUUUUCAUGUUUAGAAUGUGGGAGAUGUUUUACUCUAAAAUCACAUCUUGUUCAACAUCAAAAAAUUCACACGGGAGAGAAGCCAUUUUUAUGUCCGGAAUGUGGUAAAUAUUUUGCUCAGAAAUCAUAUCUUGUUAAACAUCAAAUGACUCACACUGGAGAGAAGCCAUUUGUAUGUUCAGAAUGUGGGAAAUGUUUUACUCAGAUAUCAAAUCUUAUCAGACAUCUAAGAAUUCACACAGGAGUGAAGACAGCCCGAGAGAGAGUCGGGUCCUGGUGCUGUGCUGUACCAAAAUUUUCUCCUGAGACAUUGAGGUCUGCCAACUCUGGUCCUGAUGGCAUUUCCUCCACAGCUCCCACCAUUACACUCAGUGGCGACACCUUCUCUUCCACUGUAGUGGUGGCCACACCAACUGCUGUCUCUUCUGACUCAGGUUCCCAGGGUUCCGGGGUCACCCCUGAGUAUGGCCAGUCUAUUGGGGACACCCUUGCCUCACAGGACACCAUUGCACAAGCUGCCUCUGCUUUCGCUCUUGCCUUAGUUGCUAUGGCGCUAGCGGAUGACAGGCUGGUGGUGCUUGAGUGUCUAGAACUAUGGCGUUUAAAUCUUGAUGCAUCGGCGCUAACCGAAAUCAAUGAGGUUGACAACUCAUCUCCUACUGUCACCACCCUGACGACAGAGAAUAAAACCGACUUGGUCCUUAUGGAUAAGAGCAGGCAGGAAAUUACAGAGUCAUGUAGCCAGAAGUUUAGUGAACAAUUUCAGGGUGAAGAUAUGAACAAUAUUAAUGCUCUAGAGACAGAUUUGAGCGGUGAUGAGCAGUAUAAGGAGGACAUUCCUACAGGGAAAGAUCUGAUCUAUAUUAAUGCUACAGACAUAAAGGAAGAAGAGACAGAUGUCAGCGGUGAUAAGCAGUAUAUGGAGGACAGUCCUACACGCAAAGAUCUAAUUUAUAUUAAUGCUACGGACAUAAAGAAAGAAGAAGAGACAGAUGUGAGCGGUGAUGAGCAGUAUAUGGGGGACGUUCCUACAGGGAAAGAUCUGAUUAUUAAUUCUACAAACAUAAAGGAAGAAGAGGCAGAUGUGAGCAGUGAUGAGCAGUAUAAGGAGGACAUUCCUACAGGGAACGAUCUGAUCUACAUUAAUUCUACAGACAUAAAGGAAGAAGAAGAGCCAAAUAUGAGCGGUAAAGAGCAGUAUAAGGAGGACAUUCCAACAGCAAAAGAUCUGAACUAUGUUAAUGCUACAGACAUCUAUAUUAAUUCUACAGACAUAAAGGAGGAAGAAGAAGAAGAGACAGAUGUAAGCGGUUAUGAGCAGUAUAAGGAGGAAAUUCCUAUAGCUUACUGCCCAGAUGACUGUACCAGGAGAUCAGCGGAGAAUCUUAUAUCUUCAGAUUAUAAAGCAGAUGAUGAUAUCACACAAGAUACAUAUGAAGAACAUUCCAUUAUCCCAGAUACACCCUCAGCCCUUCACAGCCAAGAUCUGUCAUCUCAUCCUGUUAUACAAGUCCAACCUAAAGAUUCAUCUCAGUCUGUUAAACAAAAUAAGGAAAAACGAUUUUCAUGUCCAGAAUGUGGGAAAUGUUUUACUCGAAAAUCAUCUCUUGCUGAUCAUCAAAGAAUUCACACAGGAGAGAAGCCAUAUUUAUGUGCAGAAUGUGGGAGAUGUUUUAUUCACAAAUCACAUCUUGUUAAACAUCAAAGAAUUCACACAGGGGAGAAGCCAUUUUCAUGUCCAGAAUGUGGAAAAUGUUUUACUGAGAAAUCAACUCUUGUGAAACAUCAACGAGUUCACACAGGAGAGAAGCCAUUUUCAUGUGCAGAAUGUGGGAGAUGUUUUAGUCACAAAUCAGAUCUUGUUACACAUCAAAGAAUUCACACAGGAGAGAAGCCAUUUUUAUGUCCAGAAUGUGGGAAAUGUUUUACCGAGAAAUCAACUCUUGCUGAUCAUCAAAGAAUUCACACAGGAGAGAAGCCAUUUUCAUGUGCAGAAUGUGGCAGAUGUUUUAUUCACAAAUCACAUCUUGUUACACAUCAAAGAAUUCACACAGGAGAGAAGCCAUUUUUAUGUCCAGAAUGUGGAAAAUGUUUUACCGAGAAAUCCUCUCUUGUAAAUCAUCAACGAAUUCACACAGGAGAGAAGCCAUUUCCAUGUACAGAAUGUGGGAGAUGUUUUAGUCACAGAUCACAUCUUGUUAAACAUCAAAGAAUUCACACAGGAGAGAAGCCAUUUUCAUGUCCGGAAUGUGGGAAAUGUUUUACCGAGACAUCAUCUCUUGUGAGUCAUCAACGAAUUCACACAGGAGAAAAGCCAUAUUUAUGUUUAGAAUGUGGGAAAUAUUUCACUCACAAAUCAAUACUUAACACACAUCUAAGAACUCACACAGGAGAAAAGCCAUUUUUAUGUCCAGAAUGUGGAAAAUGUUAUAACAAUAAAUCACAGCUUGUUAAACAUCAAAAAAGUCACACAGGAGAGAAAUGUGAAAAAUGUUUUACUCUGAAUUCAAUAUUUGUUGAACAUCAAAAGGGCUACAUAGGAGAGAAGCAAUUUUCAUGUACAGAAUGUUGUAAAUAUUUUACUAAGAAAUCAAUACUUAUCAGACAUCUAAGAAUUCACACAGGAGAGAAGCCGUUUUCUUGUUCAGAAUGUGGAAAACAAUUUACUCAGAAAACACAUCUUGUUAAACAUCAAAUAACUCACACAGGAGAGAAGCCAUUUUCAUGUCCAGAAUGUGGGAAAUGUUUUUCUGUGAAAUCACAUCUUAUCCGACAUACAAGAAUUGACACAGGAGAGAAGCCAAUUGAGAGCAAUAAAUGAAGCAGAUAAGACAUCUAUAUAUUAACCAUGUACAUAGGAUAUCUGACAUUCAUACAUAUAUCAUAUACUGCAUCUCCAAACUUGUUCCCAAUUGUUAAUAAAAGUUUUCUUUUAGAACGUAGUCACCGAUCCAGCGAUGUCAUCACUAUAGUUUACAUGGUAGGAAAAGA